CGCCCUCGGAGCGACGCGGCAGUGCUUUUGCAGACCAAUUGUCCGGAAUAACUAAAAAAAGUCGUACAAGUUUCCGUUCGUUCUUCUAAAUUAUCCGGGCGCAAACAAAGUCACAAACCAGCGAUUGCCAAUAACAUACCAACAGAAAACUGCUGGCGUGUGCUAGCGUCGAUCGGGAACGUUGAUUACAUAGUAACUGAGGUCACCGAAGUUAACCGAAGCCCAUUCUUCACCAGCCAUCAGUUAAUGUCAGAGACGUACAUCAGUGACGAAAGCGGGAGAAGAAGUGCUGAGUCAAUAGAACAGCUACACAUUAUCUAUCGGCGCUGAGGAACGGAAGGACUGAUCUCGAGCACCAUCAACAAAACGAACUUGAAGAAAACGUAGAAACCCCGACCAACGACAUGGCUACUAAGGAUGUUAAGGAUGACACCACUCCUGCCGCUUCUUAUACCGGCAAUAUGUUUACGCGGGCGGAGGUAGCAAAGCAUGCCGAAACUUCCAAGGACACAUGGAUCAUCAUUCACAAUAAUGUCUACAAUGUCAGCCAGUUCUUAAAUGAGCAUCCAGGUGGUGAGGAGGUACUCCUUGAGCAGAAUGGACGCGACGCUACUGAACCUUUCGAAGAUAUUGGACAUUCAACAGAUGCUAGGCAAAUGAUGGAAAAGUAUAAAAUUGGUGAACUGGUAGAAGAAGAAAGAACGAAAGAUACCGGAAAGGCUAGAGAUUGGUCCAAUAAAGAUCAGGCGGAUAAUUCUAGAAAGAAGGAUUCCCGCGAAACAAAGAAGUAAACCCUGUCCUUAAAUCCUUAAACGAGAAAGAAACGGCUGCAAGAGGGCAAAAUCGAAGUAAUUCUAUUAAGGGCCGAUUGUUUCAGCUUAGUAAAUUUAUCUAUCAGGUAAAUAUGUCUGUAUUUAUUUAAGAAAAAAAUUAAGAUAGACACCUGCUUAUCUGAUAGCUAAGUUUGCCAAGAAGUUGAAACAACCAGUUCUAAGUUGUGUAAAAUGUGAUUGCAUUAGUUCAUGUCACUUGUAUAUCUUGCAGUAAAUUAAUCGAAAAGGCUGCGUCAACUGCGCCACUAAUGAGAAGAAAAAGAGAAGGCUACACUGAAAAUAAUACUUUAUAUAAAAGUACAAUGAAUUUAUAUAUAAUUAAAUUUACUUUUUUUGAUAAUUUAUUUUUUGAUAAGUGUAAUGUACCUUGAAAGAGCUGGUAAAUAAUAACUUGUGUAAGUUAUAAAGUUUAAAUUAAUAAAAAUAAUGUACAAACAGCA